AUGAAUGCCUCUCAGCAACCUCCCACGCUCUCGUAUGCUUAUCCACCCGCCAUGGCGCUGGGUCCGCAAGUCUCCCCGGUUCGUCAACCGUCGCCACAAGUCCCAGGGGUGAAUCUGGGCUCCAACAACCCCUUCAGGAACCGUGCUCUCUCACCCUCAAACUCUAUUGCCUCAGGUAGUCGCCCAGAACGACCAACCUCGACGAAUCCUUUUCUCGACGAUUACGGACCCCUGUCGCCACAGUCGGCACCUACUGGCACUGGAAGCAUAGUGUCCCCCAUCGAUCGGUCCGAUAUGACGAACAAUACGCGCGAUAUCUUUGAAAACCUCUCGCUCAACUCCAAUCCAGCCCCCCAACAAACGGGCUACCGACCCGCUCCGUCUCGCCCCGAUCGGCCUUUGCAGAAUGGUGGUGCUUCGAGCGGUCACCGCCCAACCACGUCGAGGGAACGUCCAGAACGCCGAGAGAAAGAUCCGCUAGACAUCUUCGCUGACCCGCCGAGUGCAGGCCUGCCGAGGCCCCGAGAUCGUGAUCGCCGGCCUCGUCGGAACUCGGAGUCGUCCAUCAUGGAGCGUCCCAAGCUGCUCGACCCGGAAGACGAGCGGCGCCGACGGGAGAGGAGGCGCCGGGAACGGGAAGCUCGUCAUCGGGACGGCAAGCCUCGUUCCUCGAAAAAGGCCAACUACCAACUCGACAUUAUUGACAAGCUCGAUGUGACUAGUAUCUACGGCACUGGAAUGUUCCAUCACGAUGGGCCGUUUGAUGCGUGCAACCCGAACCGCAACCGCAAGGGCUUACGCACAGCCCCCAUGCAAGCCUUCCCUGCAGAUUCUGCCAACAUGGCCUUAGGAGGCUCUGGCCCCGUCAACCAGAACAUUAAUCUGGACCUGUUCCACGGAAGAUCAGAGCAAGGUUAUAACGAUUAUGGCGCAGUCGAGACUCGUAAAACAGAAGGCGUGAACUUCGAUCCGACAUCGCGGAUCGAGCCGGUGCAUGGCGAACAGAGCAUGGGAUUAGGAACCAGUACCUUCUUGGAUGGGGCUCCAGCCAGUAAAGCCGCCAUGCAACGCCGUGAGAGCGAGAAUGAUCAACAGAUCAAGCAAGGGGCGGGGGGCCUGCAACGGAAGAAGAGUUUAGCGCAGCGACUCCGUGGGGUAGGUAGCCGCCCGUCCAACGGUCGCGUGAUAUCACCUGAAGCAUCCUAUAUGGCACCCGCGGGUUCCGGCCAUAUCGGAACGAUCAAGGCCAACGAGAAGAAUCCAUUCUUCCAGGAUUAUGAUGAUGCAUGGGAGAAGAAAGGUGCUCGGAUCGCCGAGGAAUCACAAGGACUGGGACGAGCUCGUUCUUCUAGCAGUCCGAAGCAAAGUUCCGGCCUGGAACGGAGACAUACAGAGGACCGAUCAUACGGAUAUGACGAGGGUCGUAAUGCCAACGGGAGUGGUGGUGGUGGUGGUGGUGGCUUUAUCAAUCGGAUGAAGAGCUUGCGCAAGCCCCGUCCUGAGAGACGAAUCAGUGACGACUGA